AGGCAGGCAGAAGGUGCGUGGAGGCGGUCCGUUAACGAACGAGCUGCCCUGCGGUCGUUGGCGUUAGGGAGCGCGGUGGCAGUUAGCGGCGGGAAUCGCUGGUGCCUCCCCGGAGGGAGCGGAGCCGCGGGCACAGCCUGCCAUGGCGGGCUGGGAGCCGCGGAAACGGCCUGCGGCCGCUCUCGCCUUCCAUCGGCUCUUCUUUGCUGGUGGGCUGCCCCGUCCGUGUCCGUGAAGGCGCGGUCCCGAAACCGCCGGGCCCCGGUCCUUCGGGAUCUGGUAGGUGCUGGGAACAAACCCCCGCCCUGUCCUGCGCUCCCUCCUCGGCCGUGGCGGGGAGACGAGGGGAAGGGAGGCACCGAGGAAAUAGGACAGGAUCAGGUGUAAAUAGAUAUAGAUAGGAAUAUAAGUACAUGAAUAGCGCUGCAACAAGAGUAACGGUGGGUAAGGAGAGGUAUUUUGGUGCUGGGCAUCUGUCGCCUUUUGCAAAUCGUAUCUCUGCACCCCUGGUAGGGGGAUGCGGUUUCUGGAAAGUAAAAGAACGCUACGAAUUCUGCUCUUUGAGUAUUUUUAGUAGGAGCUUAUGAGUGCUGAGAGAUUUGUUGUGGAAAAAGAAAAAAAUUAAGUAUUUGAUACAAAAUUUGCAUAUAUGAAUACAGGAAGAGCGCAUUUUCUGACACAAAAAGGACAGCUCAACAUGCAUGGAAUGCAGGUGGUUGAUCAUCUGUUCUUGUUAAAUUAAGAGCAGAAACACCCACCACCAUUUGACUGUGAUACUUGGCUCCAGUCAAUACAUGUAAUGCUGCGCAGGAGGAACAAAAUGAUGAUGAGCACGUUACACAAUGAAAAGACGUGGUGAUGAUGUUUGCAUUUGAUACGCUGUGUCUUACAAACCCAAAAGACUGGAGUCGUUUGAAGAUUAUGUAAAAAUAAAGGUGCAGAUACCCUUUAAAAAGAAUAAUAAUGGGACCAGGCAUUCAAGAAUAUCCCUUAUUACUGCACAGAGAGACACAGAAAAAGGAAAGCCAAAUCAAUGAAAACCACAAAGGAACGGUAAAUUACAGUAAUGGAAGAAGCCAUCCGAGCACCAAAGGACUAAAUAAACCAGUUUCUCAUGUGAAAUCUUCUCCUGGAAGAUUAGGCAAAAAUGUAUCAAGUGCCACUGAAAAGAUUUCCCAUGACACUCAACGUGGUAACCAACCAAGUAUUUUUAAGAAGGGAAGAAACCAGCUGGAUGACAAUUCUCAGUCAAAAAGGAUCACGGGUGUUUGCACGUCACUGCACAGAGUACAAGGACCAAAGAGGAGUCUCCCAGAAAGAAGGCAAAAUGAAUCUUUUCUGCACAGGAUCCCUCCUAGCAUAAAGGGCAGCACACAAGGUAGCUUCUGUAGGGUUAAAGAUGUCCCAAUGCAACAUUUUUAUUGCAGUAAAAAAGAACAGUUGGAAAAGAAUCACGAAGAACAUGUUGCUCAAGCUGGUCCACGCUCUUCUAAAUGGCAAGAAGCAUCUGUAGAUGAAAUGUUUCUUGAUUUUGAGUCAGUACAAAUUAUUAAAGAAGAUGCUGAAGAUGAUAGUGCCAGUGAUCUGUCUGAUUCAGAAAGGAUUCCCAUUCCCCCGUCCCCCUGCACACCACCAGAACUCAUUCUCAGAGCUGAAGAAAUUGAUCCAGUUUGUUUGGAACAUGUCUCUGAUAUGGGUUUUAAAGAAUCAGAAUAUUACUACCCAGACUUCCUCCCACCCCCUUUCAACUCAUGGAACUUGAAGCAAUUAGCCAUCUUUGUUAAUGUAGAGGGUAAAACGGAAUUUCGACCAAAGCCAACAGGAUUUCUUGAGAAAUACAUUGAUCGCCUUUUGCAGCUGGAAUGGCUGCAAAUGCAGACUGUACAGAAUGAGAAAGGAAAGGCGGCCAAAGCCAGGCCACAGACUGCUCCCGGCUCCAUCCGUACCCUAAAAAGUCCUGGCAAAGGCAAAGCAUUGCUCAGCCCUUUGCCUAACAAGCAAGUGGUUCCCCAAGAAAGUAUUACAAAGCUGCCCAGAAGCUAUGCAGGUCACAGGGGAGAUUCAUACUGUGAAGAAAGUCGCCAGUUAUAUUCUCAUACAGGUCACCUGAAAUUUUCUGAGAGAGUGGGAUGUGCAAUGUCUUCUCAGAGACAAUCUGGUGAAGUAAGGAGUGAACUGAUAAAAAAACCAACUGCAAAGCAACAGCUUCUCAAUAUGCAGCCCCCUGAGAACAGUACUAAAAUUCAAAGUGUUGGUAAUAUCAGACCCCCUAAGCAAACCCCAGUAUUUCAUGGUUCAGCUGCUCCCAUCAAAGGCUUAAAAACAUACGCAUGUACAAAUCCAAAGAAAAAUGGCAAUGCCAACAAUUAUGUUCCUUCUAAAAAACCAACAGGGGACAGGAAAAUAAAAACAAAUGGCACGAAACAAACAUCAUGCAAAUUUAAAUGAAGAAAAAUUCAUUAGUAAAUUUUGAUGGUUCUUGACUGCUAGAAAGCAUUUGGCUAAUGCAGAAGGGUCAUGUUUUCUUCAUAGGAAGAUCCUGAGAAAAUAUGUUCUUGAUGCAUGGUUCUAAGUCAGCACUGUUCAUUUCAAUACAUUUGAUCUUAAGCCAGCAAGGCCAGCAGGAAAUCUUUUCCCUGAAGGCAAGUGUCUUCCAUUGGUCUUUCCUCAAAAAUAUUUACAAUUGCUCAAUGAAGAUAAUAGAGGAGUAUGAAAGUUGAGAGAAAUGUAUAAUUAUAACGUGUCCUCCUAUUUGCACCAGUUGAAGUCCACUGAAGUCUGUGGUGUUUCUUACGCUUACCUUGGUGUAUUUGAGAGAAAAGGGUCCAUGCUCUUUUUCUUGAACAGAUGUGCUAUUUUGUGAGACAGGUUUGAUGGUGGUGUUUUCUGAUGGAAAAGGGCUCAAGUGUUUUUUGUAAAAUAAUGGAGUGUGCUUAUCUAUGCAAAGUCAAACUAAUUCUUCACAGAAGAUGAUGAAAUUUUUUGAUGAAUUAGAUUUUUUUUUUUUUUAUAAGAGGAAGAAUGCAGAUAAUGUUUUGAAAUAUUUUAAUGCAGAAAGGAUUCUUUUUAAGACAAAAAAUUAUUAGGGAGCAGACAGCUUCCAUAGAGACAGAUGAGGAAAAUGGAAUGCAUAUUUUUAUACCCAGAAAUCUUCACUGUGUUUACAGACAACUUCCCUUGAAGUUAAUUUUGUAAGCCUUGAUGCUUUUUGUCAUUUAGAGGAAAUGACCAAAUUUCAAAUUGCACAUGGAUAUAUAUGACUAAUGCAAAAUGAAGGUAUUACUAGAGACUCUUGGGCCUAAUUUGCAGAACUGGUAGCUUCUCAAAACCUAAAAAAUAGACUCUUGGGGGAUGAAUUUAAAGGCUAUUGUAAGUUCAAGUAAAGAUAUAUUUUGAUACAAAAGAUACUUGUUUUCAGUCACCCGAGAUGACUAUUAUUUAUCCCAUGGUCCAGUCUACUUCAGUUAGCUUGGGUUCUUGUUUCAAGGUUUAGUGAAGUGACAUGGGAAAAUACCCAACAGAAAGAACUUGUACAACCAGGAUCGGGCCCUGUCCUUGGACUCUCUGCUUUCUCUUGCGUCUGUGAGAUACAAGAGAAUAUGAAGGAUAGUUCAGUAAGUAUUCAAGUGUUAGUUCAUCUGUUACAAUUUCAAAUCAAUCACAGCAGCUGGGGACACAAUCUUGUUAAAGAUGAAAUUCCAGAGGAUGUUUUGUACCUUCAUUUUAAAAUUAAAUACUGAGCAGCAUUAACUUCAUCCUCGGCCACCAGUCACAGUGAACUGUUUAUGAGAAGUGAGCUGAGGUCUGAUGGACCAGAUUUUACAAGUAGAUCCUUCACAUUGUGAUAGAAAAUGAAAAAGUAGCAAAUACUAAAAAGUACAUUAUGUAUAUAGUUAAAUUGCACUUCUCUUGUUGAUCUCAUCUUGGUUUUAAGAUGCUUAGCUGUUUCUAUUCUUUCAUUGUGCCUACCAGAUCUUCAGCUUUGUAAAAUUUCAAAGCAUGGAUUUAUAUGUAGUUUAAAAUGUGAGAAUAUUAAUAAAUGUAGUAAUAAACUAGAGUAUUUUACAGUACAUAAAAACGUUGCUCAGGAAUAGUCUAAGAAAUAUUUUUUAGUGGUUUUUUCCUAGUCUACUGGAGACCAAAUGUGAAAUUUUAAAUUGAUAAAGGAAGUGAAUGUAAUAUACAGUAUUAUAUUUCCAAAUUCAGUAUUUGUGAAGUUACAGUUAAAAUGAAUUGUAGUUGCAUGUACAUUCAGCUCUAUGCAAUUAAAGUGAAACUUAAUCUGACAUGCUCAAAGAUCAAAUAAAUUGGCUGUGUCAGAGGUGUGGUGA